UUUAGAAGUCAAAAAAAGAGAAUGUUUAACUUCUGAUAUCUCAAGAACUGUCCAUCUAAAGUAUGGCAUGUGACCCAUCAAAUUUCUUAGAAUUUCACGCAGAAUCAAAAAAUGUAAUAACAUAUAGGGUGUCCCAUUUAAAAUAACUAUAAUAAUAAGUGAACAUUCUUUUCCGGUAUAACCGUUGAGCUGAAAAUACCUUAGACAGAAAUUUCAACAAACCUAUGAACAACGAACUCAAUGUCUACCGUUGACCUCACGUUAUAAAAACAUAAUACACCAAAAAAGUCAACAUUACUCAUAACUAUAAACAAAAUAUUUCGACUUCUGGUCGGUUAAUAUUCCUCAAAAAAAAAUGUCGUACCGAACGCUAAUCGGGGUGCUUACGGCGACAAUUGUGGUUUUUGAAAACGUCUCUUCUCAAGGCUUCAAAUGUCACCAAUUAAAGCCUUUCAAUUUACGGCCAAGACCUCUUCUGAGACCCCCAACCCUCUUACCUUUGUCAACCCUACUAAAACCAUCUAUUUUCAGACGCCCGAGCAUCGUAAAACCAGCACCUACUUACCUCCAAACCAUAGCUGCAGCUGCUCAGCGUCUAACAACACCUAUACAGGAAAGCCAAUAGACUUAUCGCUAGCUUACCAAAAGACGAGCAUACCUUCAGCUGACCCUGUUUCCAUAGCAAUAGCUUACCACCCGAACAACCACGGAUACAGUGUAAGAAUAAAGGAGGAUAAGCUGAAUUAUGGUUUUCGUCAGAUGCCUGUUAAUGAAGCCGUGGUUAAACCAGAGAUUUCCAAAAGUGUUCUUCCGGAAGAAAAUUUACAUCAACUAAAUGGUCCGGUGAUGGAACUAGUGAGACCAUCGGUAGCUGAGCAGCAUGAAGAUUUAGCUGAAGAAGCUGAGGAGGAACUGAUGAACGUUGAUGGGUCCGAUGAAGCGGUCGAAACCGGUUGGGUUGUAAAGAAGCCGAGUUUGGUUGAUUUGGGUUAUGGUCCUGCCACUGCUUCUCCAGGUAAAUUCGUGGAAUAUCCAGGGUUUAGAGCCGAGAACCAGGGCUGUAUCCUUACUUAGGACACGGGAGAUUUAUGAAUUAAAAUUAUUUAUAUAUGUUUAUUUUAAAUUUUCUUAUAAUGUUUAUUUUAAUUGUAGUGUCCCUUUUCUUCUUCAUCCUUUUAACUUGUUUUUAAUUGUUUUCCUGUAAUAAAUGUUUGGUUUAUCUUUGCCUGUUUUUCAA